AGACGAUGUAUCGUCAACGAGGAGGCCGAUACCCUCUACGGGCAUCCAACACUCCGACGUCUGCUCCUACCACGCCUCGCCGUGACUACCAUGAGGGUCUCGAGGCGACAGCUGUCAAGGUAUUCAGCAAACCUUCUGCAGAAUCAUUCAAAGAAAAGAUAAAAAUAGAGAAUCUCCAAUACCUCGCCUCGUACAACUGGGUCGAGGCUGCGAAACCAACGAUUAUCGUCCCAGGGUCGCCGCCGGAGUGGACGGACAGGCCUCUCCCGUUCAUGGUCCAACGCGACAGCGGCACUGUCUUUGUGGACCAAAACGGGUUCCGCGUCCCGCGCGCAGUCCUCCUCCCCCUAUUCAAGUCAGUCGACAUGGUAACGGAAGAAACGGGGCGACCCGACUUCGACUGGUCCUCAGUCGACUUCGUCACGGACCGCAACGGCUUGCGGAAGAUAUUACGAUGGGUGAAUGGCACGGCCGACAAGACCUUUAGGAUCGACAUGCAGCUGGUAGGCAAGCAGACUAUCUUGCUGAAUAGAUGGGAGGCGACUACGAAGGAGCCCGCCAGAGGCAGUUUCGGGUUUGGGUUCGAGAACGCGACUACGGAGCCUGCCCCGGGAUGCGAGCGCAGCACGGGGCAUCAUAGGAUCGUGACUUAUGCAUGUCCUUCGGACAUGAACGGCCUGAAGAUGGUCGUCCGCUUCGAAGUGGACGCCUGCCUACCCCCUCCCCGCGAGGCCACCAAAUUAUCCAGCGCAACCACGCUCGACGAUCUGACCGCCACGCUGAGCGGCCUCGGGCUCGGGUCCCGCUCAAAAGCGCCAGAGACCACCAGCGACGCCUCUGGACUGGACAUCAUCCACGCCGGCUCCGCCGACAUCGCGCAGGAGCGCAUCGUCGAGCUGACGACGCGCUCCCAGCGCAACGCCGACACCUUCGACUGGGUCGACGCGUACCCGCAGCUCUUCCUCUCCGGGACCCCGCACCACUUCCUCGGCAUCCAUGUUGGCGGGAAGUUCAGUACCAUACGAAAGCGGAGGUUAGGGUCGCCGGAGAUGCAGAGAGUUGAGGAGAGAGCCCAGCCGAGUCUGAAGAAAUUACGAUCCAUUUUGCAGGUCCUCCACGAUCUCGUUAUCGAGCACGGAGAGACCGGACGCCUGAGCCUGAUCUGCGUGAAAGGCAUCCUUCAGGUCUUCAAGAGGAAUACGACAGACAGUCUUUUGCCGGACGAAUUCUUGACGCGAUUCAGAUAA